AUGCAGCUCAAACAACAAGAAGGUUCCGGCGCAGUUGCGCCAGUAUCUCAACUCGGCGAUGCCAAGCAGUUCAAGCAGCUGUCUUCGAGCACGCCCCUGGGCCAAUCGGUCACUCUCUCCUCGAUCUCGGGUCCAACAUACGUUACGGGACAGCUCCUCGUCCAACAGGUUGCCUACAAGGUCUCUGAUAAGAUCUUCUCCUUCUCUCCCGAGAGUUUCGACCUAGAUGCCGCUGUGAAGGACUGGUCGAGCAAGCAAGAAAAGAAUAUCCAUGGAUACGCGACGGGAGUGGUUCCACUGCAGACCCGUGCUGGGGCAGGCACGUUUGCGCUUGGAUAUGUCUUCUCCAAGGAUUUCGAUUUGACCAAGAGACACAUCCCUCAGACUGUCCUGGCUCCGUCCCUGAGCUUGCGCAACCUCCGAUCGACCCUGGAUCAACUCUCACUUCUUUAUGGAGUCUCUAGCCCAUUUGUCGCUCAUGUCGCCGCAGCAGACUACUCUUCAGAUGAGGGUUUGGUUCCCGAAUAUGGCAGUGCUCUUCAGACUGCCGAGGACCUCGGUCUCGGCCUUGUGUCUAGCUACUCUGCAUACGAGGCACAGCAUAUCUCUUUGUUCGCCACGCUGAUGGCCAAGUAUCUUCCUACUCUUCACGUAUAUGACGGUAUUCGCUCGUCCAGGGAGACCGUCCGGGUUAUUGACGCAUUGAGCGAAUCCGGCAUCAAGGAUAUUUACAACGACCUGGUUAAGAAGAUCGAGAGUGUAAACAAGAGGCUCGAUACUGCCGGCAAGGUUCUCGAGCUCUUCCAUGCUUUCAACGAUGAGCUAGGCACCGACUACAAGCCUUUUGAGUACUACGGACAUGAGGAGGCUGAGAUUGUCUUCGUUGUCUUUGGGAGUGCUGAGUCUGUUCUCGCAAGCCAGGUUAUUUCUAAGCUGGCCGCCAAUGGCAAGAAGGUGGGAGCUGUCAGCGUCCGUCUCUACCGUCCGUUUAUCGAGGAAGCUUUCCUGAGCGUCCUGCCAGCCUCCACGCAGCAGAUCGCUGUUCUGGGACAGGUCUUAACUCGCACAGACGUUGAGGAUGCCUCCGUUCAGUCGGCUUUAUUUGGUGAUGUCCUCGCUUCUGUCUCCUUCUCGAACAAAUGGGCUCAGACACCGUCUGUGUCUGAUGUCAAGUAUGCGGCUGCUGAUGUCGUGACGCCGUCAUCUUUCUCGGAGAUUGUGAACAGACUUCUCCAGGGCGGAGAGCCGGCCGACUAUUUCUCGCUCAACUUUGCUGGUACUGUGCAGCAGUACACUUUCUGGAACGUGGAUGACUCGACGGCCGUGAACUCUCCGGCUGUUAUCGGCAACCUGCUUACUCGGGAGUCAUCCAGCAAUGUGUACAUCCAUGAGACACAUGACAACUUGAUCCAGGGUGGUGUUGUUCGCACAGAUAUCAGAUCCUCUAAAAAGGCUAUCGAUGCACCUUACGCUGUGUCAGAGGCUGAUGUUACGUUCGUCGGCGAGGAGAAACUGCUGAAGGAAAUUGAUAUCCUACGAACCGUCAAGCCUCAAGGACGACUUGUCCUCAGGCUCCCCAAUUUCAAGGUGGAAGAUGUUGAGAAGCGUAUCCCUGCCGGAGUCAGGAAGCAGGUGCAGGCUAAGGCCGCGGUCGUGUUUGUCCUGGACACUGCUUUCUCUCCUGCUCUUGAGAACGAUACCGAGCUUCUGGUCGAACUCGCUUUCCUUAAGGUCGCCAGACCUGAGCUUGCCGCCAAGGAUGCCGCAAAGUUGCUCUCCGUCCCUGAGGAAGGUACUUUCAGCGAGUGCCUGGACGCUUUGAACCAGUGCCUGCACAAGAUGGAGGUGUCUGAAUCCUGGGCUGAGCUCCCGGCUGACUUCACUGCCUCGGCGCUCGCAACUGCUCUAAAGAACAACAGCUUUGUCGGAUAUGAUAAAUCGGAUCCUGAGCAGGGCUUACAGGUUGAUGACUGGCAGUCUGCUGCCAAGGGCUUCGCCUUCAAAGAGGCAUACGGCACUCAGACAAAUCUCCGCCCCGACCUCACUGUCAAGACCUUCACCGUCCAUGUCAAGGAGAAUCGUCGCCUUACUCCACAAACCUACGAUCGUAACAUCUUCCACAUCGAGUUUGACCUUGGCAACUCCGGUCUGACCUACAAGAUCGGUGAAGCUUUGGGCAUCCACGCCGACAAUGACCCUAAGCAGGUUGAGGAGUUCAUUGAGUUCUACGGCCUGAAUGCCAAUGAUCUCGUCCAGGUACCCUCUCGCGAGGAUGCCACCGUGUGGGAGACGCGCACUAUUUACCAGUCGCUGGUGCAGAACCUUGACAUUCUGGGCAAGCCGCCCAAGCGGUUCUACGAGGGGCUUGCCGAGUUUGCUACUGAUGAGUUAGAGAAAAAGAAGCUCGAGUCUCUUGGUGGCAAAGAGGGGGCAGACGAGUUCAAGCAUCGCUCUGAGGUUGACACUCUUACCUACGUCGAUAUCUUGGAGGAGUUCAAGUCUGCUCGUCCCUCGUUUACCGACCUGAUCAAGAUCGUCUCGCCACUCAAGCGCCGUGAAUACAGUAUUGCUUCUGCGCAGGCCGUUACACCAAAGACUGUUGCACUCAUGAUUGUCGUUGUUGACUGGGUUGACAGCAAGGGCCGCACUCGUUACGGACAGGCCACCCGCUACCUCUCCGGCCUACCUGUCGGCACCGCCAUCACCGUCAGCGUGAAACCCUCUGUCAUGAAGCUGCCGGUCAAGGACACCGCUCCGCUCAUCAUGGCGGGUCUUGGUACCGGUCUGGCUCCAUUCCGCGCAUUUAUCCAGUACCGUGCGAUGCAAAAGGCACAGGGCAAGGAGAUUGGCUCCAUCCUCUUGUACCUUGGCAGCCGACACCAACGUGAGGAGUACCUGUACGGUGAGGAGUGGGAAGCCUACCUGGACGCAGGUGUCAUCACCCUCCUCGGUGCGGCGUUCAGUCGUGACCAGCCUCAGAAGAUCUAUAUCCAGGAUCGCAUGCGACAGACCAUGAAGGACGUUGUCAAGGCAUACAUCCAGGAGGAGGGCUCGUUCUACCUGUGCGGUCCCACCUGGCCCGUGCCGGACGUUACUGAGGUGCUCCAGGAGGCCAUCGCCACGGAGGCGAAGAUCAGCGGCCGCAAGGUCGAUCCUCGUAAGGAGAUCGAGAGGCUCAAGGAAGACGGCAGAUAUGUGCUGGAGGUCUACUAG